AUGAAGAGCGAGGCCAACGCAUCUCCUCCUAAGAGCCCUCGGGAGCUCGAGGCCACCGAAAGCAUAGCCAAUGGUCACAUCGUUGGACAUGAGGACACAGGCAUGAAAAAGACCUUCAGCUUCUUGGGCAUUCUAGCUCUCGGGUUCAACAUCUCGAAUAGCUGGAUUGCCAUCGCCUCCUCCUUGGCUCUUACCAUCGCUGCCGGCGGCACCGUCACUAUCCUUUACGGCAUCCUGGUUGUUGGCUUCGCCAUGACCGGCACCGGAAUCAGCUUGGCAGAGCUUGCCAGCGUCUACCCGACUGCUGGUGGCCAAUACCACUUGACCUCCAUCUUGACUCCCGAGCGCUUCAGCAAAGGGCUUUCCUACACCUGCGGCAUGUUGGGAGUCUUCUCCUGGAUCAGCAUCGGUGCUUCGAUUGCCUUGGUCAUAGCGCAGGCCAUAAUGGCUUUGGUAAUCCAGUACAAUCCCGACAUCAACGUCCAGUCAUGGCAUUACUUCCUUUUCUACGUGGCCGUCCAUCUGAUAGCAGUGCUGCACAACCUGUUUCUCGCACAGAAGACGGAGUGGAUCUACAAGCUUACCUUUUAUCUCACCUUGGGUUUGUUCCUGGUUGUUUCCAUCGCGUGCCCCACCCGGACGGGCGCGAGGGCGGAUUCCUCCUUUGUCUGGACUACCUUUUACAACAAUUCCGGGCUGUGGCCGGAUGGAAUCUGUUUCCUGACCGGCCUCUCGGGUCCUUCCUUCAUGCUAAUCGGGCUGGAUGCCACCAUGCAUCUCGCCGAAGAAUGCAGCGCGCCUGCCAAGGUCAUCCCGAGAGCCAUUGUCUCGACGGUUCUGGUGGGAUUCUUGACGGCGUUUGCCUUUGCUGUUGCCAUGUGCUAUAGCACGGACGACUUUGAGUCUCUCCUGGUCACGCCUACAGGAUUUCCAAUUUACGCUCUAUGGCAGACAGCGACAGAGUCGCAAGCAGGCGCCACUGUACUAAUGGUGGCACUUCUGUGCGUUAUGAUGUCAGCCCUGAACGCGACGCACCAGACAGCUUCUCGCCUCACCUGGUCGUUUGCUCGGGAUGAUGCUGUUGUCCUGGCCAAGUACCUGAAGCGUGUCCAUCCGAGGCUUCACAUGCCCGUCUACGCCCUCUUCCUGAACUUUGUGUUCUGUCUGAUCGCUGGGGUUCUGUAUGCAGCAUCAAGCUCUGCAUUCAACGCCUUCAUCGGAACGAGCGCCAUCCUAUCUCAACUCUCUAUUACCAUACCAAUCGCUCUAAUACUUUAUCAAAGGCGCUCGUAUGCGUAUCUACCGGCAUCACGCUGCUUCCGUGUACCGAACAUGGUUGGCUACUUUUGCAACAUCGUGGCCGUGGCAUGGACAACCCUUGUCACCGUGAUAUUCUGCUUCCCCACUGCGGCUCCAAUUACAGGAAACAACAUGAACUAUUCCUCCGUAGUGAUUGGGGUCGUCCUCAUACUUGGGGCUUUCAAUUGGGUGUGCUACGCUCGAACGAGAUAUCAGGGACCGCGCCUUGAAGCGCAUUCGCACUGA